AUGGGCUUGUGUCUCUCUGUCGAGGAACGGGACGAGAGGAAUAUCAGUCAAAACAUUGACAAGGGCCUCGAAGAAGACAACCGUCGUCUCAAGAAAGAAUGCAAAAUCCUUCUUCUAGGAAGUGGAGAGUCAGGCAAGUCGACGAUUGUGAAGCAGAUGAAGGUCAUUCACCAAGGAGGCUACAGCACAGAGGAACUUGCGACCUACCGACUGACGGUGUACAAGAACCUUGUUGAUUCUGCACAGUCACUUGUGCUGGCUAUGGAAAAAUUGCGACUCGAACCCACCCUGCCAGAGAACAAGGCGAACGCGGAUCGCAUUCUGGACUAUCGCGUCGAGGCCGACCCUUACUUUACCCUCAGCGCAGACAUUGUCAACGCGAUCGACUCUCUCUACCACGACCCCAUUACCGCCACCUGUAUGGAACGCUCAAGCGAGUUUUAUAUCAUGGACUCUGCUCCCUACCAAGUACGGCGACUUGGCGCAGAGGACUACACACCAAGCGUCCAGGACGUCCUGCGUGCACGUUCGAAAACAACAGGCAUUUCAGAAACAAGAUUCAACAUGGGUCAGCUCAGUAUACAUAUGUUUGACGUUGGUGGUCAGCGAUCCGAGCGAAAAAAGUGGAUUCAUUGCUUCGAGGCUGUCACAUCCAUCAUCUUUUGCGUGGCGCUCAGCGAGUACGAUCAAGUGUUGCUGGAGGAGUCUGGACAGAACCGUAUGGCAGAGAGUCUAGUCCUUUUCGAGUCUGUCAUCAACAGUCGGUGGUUCCUCCGGACAUCCAUCAUCCUUUUCAUGAACAAGAUCGAUCUCUUUGCCGCCAAGCUACCCAAAGUACCACUGGAAAAGUUCUUUUCAGAUUACACAGGCAAACUUGUCUUUGCUGCUGUCAAGGAAACAAUUCUACAGAACGCAUUGAAGGACAGCGGAAUUCUGUAG